AUUCCACGCGUGUGUCCGCGGAGGCGGCGCGUCGUCACCCUGUAGGCGCGGUGGACUUUCCCGAGCAGGCUGCUUGUCGGGCUGGGAGCAGGGAGAAGGGAAUAAAAAGGGGUUUUCACUUCGUAUCUGUGCGCGCUCCCCUCAGCCACACGAGCUUCAAAGAAAACUUUCUUUGGACACUUUGCUGGAAUAAAUCCAAACUAAAUGGGCGACGAAUGGACAGUGCACGGCGGCUUGACAGUGAUUUUAUUGUCAGCCCUUAUCGGCGCAUUGCACGCAAUCGGCGAUUAUUCAUUAACAGUUCCAUUGCAGCGGUGCUGGGGCCAUGGCCUGCUGCUGGCAGUGGUGCUGCCGCACCUGCGUGUGCUUCCUGUCCGAGGAGGAGAAGAGGACCGUCGCCGUGGACAAGGAGAUCCGGAGGAUCCUCAAGCAGCAGAAGAAGAAGGAGAAAAAGGAGGUUAAAAUCCUCCUACUGGGAACCGGGGAGAGUGGAAAAACCACCUUCAUCCGACAAAUGAGGAUCAUCCACGGGCGAGGCUUCUCAGAAGAGGAGAGGAAGACCUUCGCCAAGUGUAUCUUUCAGAAUAUCUUCACGGCCAUCAAGGCUAUGACCAUGGCCAUGACCGUGCUCAAAAUCCCCUACUCCAGCCCAGAGAACGAGAUGUUUGCCAAAUGGCUGCAGGAUAUAAACACAGUGCAGAUCUCCCAGCUGGAACGGGGCUAUGUUGAGGCAAUCCGCCGCCUCUGGGCAGACCCGGGCAUCCGUCUGUGUUACAGCCGCCGCUGCGAGUACCAGCUCCUGGACUCCACAGUGUACUUCAUGAGUAACCUGGAACGUAUCUCUGCCCAGGACUACAUCCCCACAGAACAGGACGUGCUGCGAGUUCGAUUCCCCACCACGGGAAUCCAUGACUAUUCGUUCACCAUCAAGCCCAUCACACUAAGGAUUGUGGACGUGGGCGGUCAGAAGUCAGAGCGUCGGAAGUGGAUACACUGCUUUGAAAAUGUCACCUCCCUCAUCUUCCUGGCCUCCCUCAGCGAGUAUGACCAGGUCCUGGAGGAGAAAGAUACCAUAAACCGAAUGCAAGAGAGUCUGGCUCUGUUCUAUACCACCAUCCAUUCCCCCUGGUUCCUCAACACCUCCGUUAUCCUCUUCCUCAACAAGACUGACAUCCUGGCUGACAAAAUACAGACGUCCGACCUGCAGAGAUACUUCCCCAGCUUCACAGGUAAGAGGCAAGACCCCGAGGACGCCAAGAACUACAUCCGCAAGAUGUACGAGCAGCAGGCCAUUAAACGGGACAAGUCGGAGGAGUGGAAGACUCUUUACCCACACUUCACCUGCGCUACUGACACCAACAACAUCCGCAGGGUCUUCAACGAUGUGAAGGACACUGUGCUGGUCAAGUCGCUCGGGGACUACGGAAUCAUCUGAACUCGCACUCCGUUGUGAAUAACAGGAGGAAAUCACUGGUUCUUGUCUCUUUCUGCACAACUCACUUGCAUGAGUGAAGGCUCUGAUGGAGGCCAACAUUCUCCCCAAAGCCGGGACAAUCAUAUCCUCUCCCCCCUUCCUCCUCCUCGUCUCCCUCAUCGGGUCUUGAUGAAGAAGCAGGUGAAGAGGGGGACAAGAUUGUGCUCCUCAUGUCUCCACUACCAUCACUGCCACACUUCCCCCCCCCCCCCAGUAGAAAAUUAGAAAACGUGUUUUGGAAAGACUCAAAUGGGAGACACAACACAGCUGCGUGACUUUUGAGCAGGGAGCGAGGAUCCAGUCCAGUAAUCACCGUUGGCUUUUCCCCCAAUUUUUAUUUUGUUCUUUUUUUCUUUGUUUGUUUUUGAGGGGUUUUAAGACGAAGAAGUGUUUUUGGGCCAUGCAAGUGACUGAAUUGACCCAUAAUUGAAGCCGGAGCGGAGAUGCUAUGAAGUGCUGUUCCGCCAUUAACAGAGUAAUGACAUUUUACAAGUGGAGAUGGGGUCUUGCCUGGGCACACCACCAAUGUCGCCCACAGUUGAGAUGCUUUAUUUGAGUCUACCAGUUACAUGAAGUCGGUACAUGCUUGCACACACUUAUACACAAACUGAAAAAACACAAAUGCUUCCAUCAAGCCCUGUAUAAGGCAAUACACGAGGUCCAAACUGUUGCGCUCUUUGAUAUUAGACAGUCUUUGAUUGUCAAAAUCCUAAUCGAUUAUAGACACAUCACGUUGGCAAUGUUUCUCACAUAUUAUCUGUAUUCAACACUUCUGUUGUGCACCGCCUCCAUCUUCUGUUACCGUGAGCGGAUAGAUUGUGCAACACACCGGCUGUUGAGUCCACAUCCUUACAUUCACCUCCAGAAAGUAAAAAGCUCACAGCCACUCGCACGCUCGCUGUGGUAAAUGGUUUACUGUGCUGCGAUGUGGGCAAACUGCAGGCCGUGUGCUCGAAGAGAGCAGCGUGCGACAGGACAGUGGAUAUGUAUUGCACCUGUAAAUGGCUCCGCAGCCGGGACAAGCAGUGAGUCACAAGAGACCAAGACAGAAUCAGUAGAGGUGUGACACGGAUGAAAGGGAAGUUUAACCGUAGAUAUAUCUUGCUUCUUUUCAACGUAGCACAGUUGCUCUCACUAAUGAAUUAGUUGGUCUCAGCAAAACAGCAGCUAAACUUGGAAAAGAGGCAAGUGCAAUGUUUAGGUGGUUAAGUACAUGCUCACCAUCUCCCUACAUUGCAAACAGUUGAUUUGCAGCAAAAAAGUUCUUAAACACUCCACAGCACACCAACUAUCAAGGACCAGAGGAGACACCGUCCAGACUAGCUGGUGAAAUUAGUGGAGCAUUAAGUGGCUGAAGAGCUGGAUAUGUCCCUCACAAACUGGUAGGGUUAAAAAGAGUGCAUAUUGGACUGACAUUCACAGCAAGACUGUCAGAUAUUUUCCUGUUGGUGCCAAAGCGUUGUGCUCGGACAAUCUCCUGCUGUGUUUGUCAUGUGUGAGCGGCAAGCUCAGCAAAAUCUCCGCAAAAUUGCGCCCGGCAAUUUCCGGAGUUAAUAUUGUGUCCAGUGCUUUGUUUCCACUGCCUCCAAGUGCCCCAAAUCUGUCGAAGCUUAAUGUCUGUUUUUCAGUGUCAGAAAUACAGUUGGUCAUUUACUUGUACUUUUCAAGGCCAGUUUCCAUACAGCAAUGGACAGCAGCUUUCUAACUGCAUGACUAUACAUUUUUUGUAUGAUUUUGCACCAUCCACCCGCUCAGUAGACAAUUAAUACACUUCAUUAAAAUCAAUACUAUAAAUUUCAAGCACAAAUCCCACUUGGUCGCCGACAGGUUUUAAAAGGUCACGAAUGAAGAAAAAAGAAGAAAUGAAACAAGGCCGUGAGAAAACAGCUCGAUUCAAUGCUGCGAGUUCAAUCAACAAUGGUUGGGGGGAAAAAAUAAUCCAACAGGCGAUUUGCUCUGUCGGGUAAAAGGUAAAGAAUAUUAAUAUGAGGUGGCAGUGUGAUCUCCUUGUGUGUCCUAUUUAUAUCAGUGUGAGGAGAGGGAUAUUGUACGUUGGUCAGAAGCCUGAGUUCUACCCGUGUGUGCGUCACUGAGCGUUGAGUGGAAAAUGACAUUCAAAUGUAGUAAAUUAACUGACCUUGAUGGGAAAGCUAUUAUUAGUUCACAAUGUGUCUGUCUGUGGUUUCGGCUGCUGUUUUGUUAAUUUUGUAAAAAAAAACUAAAAAACCAUGUCUGGAUCUCUACACUGCUACUUUAUGUAUUCAGACGCGGUAGCUACAUUGUUGAAUCUUUACAUUGCCUUGAAACACAAAUAUAUGAUUUGACUGUGCAUUAACUGAUGACUACUAUACUCUUUAUUGAUUAUUAACAGCUGUAUUUUUUUAAAAUAUUGUUUACAAACAGCACACAAACUGUGACUAGAGAACGUUAUUGCUAGUGAACUACCUUUUUUGCAUGGGGAGACCUCUCAUACGGUGACAGUGAAUUAUUUUUGCUUCGACUCGGGUGAAGGAAUUGGGCAAAUGUGUUUUUCUAGCUAUCAUUAAAAAAACAAGCAUUUGAACACUCA